AAAAUUGAGAUUGUUGUCCGUUGGUACUUACAAUUGAAAUAUUUUAAGUGUAAGUAGCAGUUAUUUACAUACAUUUUGUUGUGCUGACAUGAUUCACUAAUUUUCUAUUUAUAAAUAUUUGGACUUCUUAAAGUUAGUUAACUGAAUUAUUAUAAUUACAUUUUAAUGGGAUUUUGUGGUAUUUUAGGUUCCUUCUGAAUUCUGUAUCUUUCAAGUACUGUGCAACUUUGAGAGAAGAAAUUAACCAUCUGGACUAUGGAACUAAAUAAAAUAAUAGAAAGAAAAUAUCAUAACGAAAUGAAGGUCUUCCUGCUGCUUUCACUCAUUGGGUUCUGCUGGGCUCAAUAUGACCCACAUACAAAGUAUGGUCAAACUGCUAUUGUCCACCUGUUUGAGUGGCGCUGGGUGGAUAUUGCUAAGGAAUGUGAGAGAUACUUAGCUCCUAAAGGAUUUGGAGGAGUACAGGUGUCUCCACCCAACGAAAACAUUGUAGUCAACAGCCCUUCAAGACCGUGGUGGGAAAGAUACCAACCAAUUAGCUACAAAAUAUGCUCAAGGUCUGGAAAUGAAGAAGAAUUCAAGGACAUGGUGAAUAGGUGCAACAAUGUUGGUGUCCGUAUUUAUGUGGAUGCUGUCAUUAACCACAUGUGUGGAGAAGGAGCUGCAGCAGGAACAAGCAGUACAUGUGGAAGUUAUUUCAACCCACAGCACAGGGACUUUCCUGGGGUGCCAUACUCUGGUUGGGACUUUAACGAUGGAAAAUGUAGAAGUAGAAGUGGAGGCAUUGAGAGCUACAAUGAUGCUGCUCAGGUCAGAGAUUGUCGUCUGUCUGGCCUUCUGGAUCUUGCACUUGAGAAAGAUUAUGUUCGUACCAAGAUAGCUGACUAUAUGAACCAUCUCAUCGACAUCGGUGUAGCAGGGUUCCGACUUGAUGCUGCUAAGCACAUGUGGCCUGGAGACAUUAAGGCAAUUUUGGAUAAACUACAUAACCUAAAUACAAAGUGGUUCUCUCAAGGAAGCAGACCUUUCAUUUAUCAAGAGGUAAUUGAUCUGGGUGGUGAGGCAGUGACAAGUAAUGAAUAUAUUGGAAAUGGACGUGUGACAGAAUUCAAAUAUGGGGCAAAAUUGGGCAGUGUUAUGCGCAAAUGGAAUGGAGAGAAGAUGGCCUACUUAAAGAACUGGGGAGAGGGUUGGAGUUUCCUGCCUUCUGACAGAGCCCUUGUGUUUGUGGACAACCACGAUAAUCAGAGAGGGCAUGGGGCUGGAGGAGCAUCCAUCCUGACAUUCUGGGAUGCUAGACUGUACAAAAUGGCUGUUGGAUUUAUGUUGGCUCAUCCUUAUGGAUUCACACGAGUAAUGUCAAGUUAUCGUUGGCCAAGAUAUUUUCAGAAUGGAAAAGAUAUCAAUGAUUGGGUUGGACCACCAAAUAACAAUGGAGCAACCAAAGAAGUGACCAUUAACCCAGACACCACAUGUGGUAAUGACUGGAUCUGUGAACAUCGGUGGCGUCAAAUAAGGAACAUGGUGGCCUUCAGAAACGUAGUCAAUGGUCAGCCUUUUGCUAACUGGUGGGAUAAUGACAGCAACCAAGUAGCUUUUGGCAGAGGAAACAGAGGAUUCAUUGUCUUCAACAAUGAUGACUGGCCUUUGUCAAUAACGUUACAGACUGGUCUUCCGGCUGGCACAUACUGUGAUGUCAUUUCUGGAGAUAAAAUUGAUGGCAAUUGCACUGGAAUAAAAGUGUAUGUUGGCAGUGAUGGCAAUGCUCACUUUUCUAUUAGUAACUCUGCUGAAGACCCAUUUAUUGCAAUUCAUGCUGAGUCAAAAAUAUAAAAUUUAAAAUAAAUACAUGUUGAGAGCAUCAA